AUCCUCGUUUCCCUCUGAGCACCACCAGACAUGGCGAUCCAAGAAGAAACAUCGCCGCUUCUGCCGCUCAAGCAUGCGCUGCCGCCCGUCGACGACACGGCAGACUUGGAAGCCAUCAUUCGGGACGAAGUGCCUGCGAUGUAUCGAUUGGCGUAUCCUGUGGUGCUGACGUAUGUGCUCGAACUGACCCCCGGUCUCGUGAGUUUGGUGCUUGUGGGUCAAAUGGCAGCUGAAGACACGAAACGCUUUGUCGAUGCCGCCGCGCUGAGUGUCAUGUACCUCAACUUGACGGCGCUGUCGGUGGGGAUUGGCCUCGCAACCGCCAUGGACACACUGUGUGCACAGGCGUAUGGCGCCGGCAACAUUCGGCACAUUGGACUAUACCUGCAAACGGGGGCGGUCGUACUCAGCGCGGCCUUUGUCCCGAUCUUCCUCGCCAACUUCUACUGCGCCGACAUUUUGAUAUUUUUGAAUCAACCCGAGGACGUGGCGGUGCUGAGCGGCGAGUUUUCCCGCGUGUUGGCGUUCGGCCUGCCCUUUUUGUACGCGUAUGAGCUGCUAAAGAAGGUGCUGCAGGCCCAGAACAUUGCGCUGCCGAUGCUGUACAGCGCCAUCUUGUGCAAUAUGGUGAACCUCGUCACUGGUUAUGUGUUGGUGAACCACACGAGCUGUGGGUACCUUGGUGCGGCAAUCAGCCGGACGCUGGGGAACAUGUCACUGCCGCUGUCGCUGGUGCCGUACUUUUAUAAGAAGGAUCGGUUGGCGUUUUGGCCGGGCUGGCAACUGCACGCGGCGGUGCAAGGCGUGCCCGAGUUUGUCUACUUUGGCCUUGCGGGCAUGCUCAUGAUGGUGUUUGAAUGGUGGAGCUACGAGAUUAUUGCGCUCUUGGCAGGGUUGCUCCCGAACGCGAUCGUCGCGAUUGGCGCCAACGCCGUGCUCGUCAAUAUCACGGCGACUGUGUACAUGUUUUACCUGGGGAUUGCCGUCGCCGGCAACAUUCGCGUGGGGAAUGCCCUCGGCUCGAACCGCCCUAAGCGCGCCAAGGUUGCCGCGGCCGUCGCAACGAUUCUCGCAGGCGGCGUGUCCGUCAUGACGGGGCUAUGUGUAUUUGCGUUUCGAUACAUGUAUCCGCGCGUAUUUACCCAAGACUCGGCUAUGAUUGCGUUAGCGGCCCAAGUGGCCGUGGUCGUGGCUGGGUUUCAGCUCGUGGACGGACUCAACGCUGCGAUCCAGGGCGCAUUGCGGGGCUGCGGGCUGCAAAACUACGGCGCCGCCAUCAACUUCGUGUCGUACCUUUUGUUUGGCCUGCCCGUGGGCUACUUGUUUGAGUUUUCCUUCGCCUGGGGGCUUCCCGGGCUCUGGAUUGGCAUGACGCUGGGCUACACAUUUGCAGGGGUGUGUGGCGCCUAUGUCUUGAUCAAGCACAACUGGCAGGCGUUGGCGGACGCUGCGCAAGCGCGAGCCAACUCCAAGUGCGACUGAAUGUGACGAUGUGUGUGCGACAGGGUUUUAUAACCAAACGGAGGUGCCACGUCAUUGUUGAUGGCUUGAUUUGUUUUUAAGUGCUGGGGGGAACACUGUACACUAGUAAGAGAGACUGGUUCGUGCCGCCGCCUAUGACACACUGGUCGGACGCCGUCAUAUCGAGCGUGUAUUCGUCGUCGUCCACUUGAUUGGUCGUGCCGUCGUCGUCGUGGAUUGGUUGUCCUGUGCACUGGUGUUAAUGGGAAGUUGAACCUAACUAACUGGUAAUAACAAUAAUACCUGGG